AUGGCAGAUGCAGCCAACACCAAACUUAGAUAUUACCGUGGCACCUGUUUUGGGUGUCGAAAGUGUCUAUAUUGCGCAGUUGAUUUGAGAAAUACUACUUGUAAAUGUAAAUUAUCCUUAGUGCCCACAAAAAAAAAUCGAACAGAUUUAAUGAAACAAGCAUAUACACGCAUCUUUGAACCUACCUGGGUAGCACCCAUGUAUGAAUAUAUUUAUGGAAAAGUUAUGGAAUAUAAUUACCAAAUAAACGUGAAAAAAACUUUUCGGUUUUCUCUUUGUGGACGAUGCCACAAUGUUUUGGUGAAAUUGAAUUCCAAGGCUAAAAAAAAAAAAACAACUAGGUCACCUUCUCCUUCAAUAUCCGUUGCAGCAAGUGAAGAUAGAAUCAACGAAAAUGAAAUGAGUAGUGAAGAAGAUGAUGAAUCCGAGUUUGCAUUAGCUUACAAAUUAUUUGUUAAAACAGCUGAUGGAAUUUCAUUACCUGCUAAAUGGUUCCAAGAAUCCGUAUCAACAGUUGAUGAAUUUCUUUCAUCCGUUCACAAUAAAAUUCACUUGAUGACCAAGGAUAAUACUAUUAUGCCAAGUGAUUACUUCGUGACAUUCAAAACACAAAGAGAGACAGGUGCCGGCACUCAGUUGGUCGAUGAACAAGAUUUCAUCAAGUUCAAAUCCGAAUAUACAAAAUUAGCUGCUAGAAAAAGUGAUAUUGGGAUUUAUGUUACAAUUUCACAACCAUCUAUCACUUCUCAAAAUAAGCAAAAAAAAAAGGAAUCAGACUUAGGUGAACACGAAGAAAAUACUGAACGAUCCAACAAUUACAAGAACAAUAAUCGAGUCCCAAGUGUUUCAUCUUUAUCUGCACAAGACAAAGAAAUUGCCAAAAACAACAAAGGGCUAGCUACAGUCGAAAAUCCUCCAACACAUCCUCUUUUUUCCUAUGCUAGUUUAUCAUCAAAAAAGCUAUGCUCAAAAUUACCAUCUACAUCAUCACCACAAAUGCCACUGGUUUUACCACCUUCGCUAUCACCGCAAGUGCAACCACUGUCACCGGAUGUACAAUUGUCACAAUCACCACAAGCACAACUUAUGCAACUACAACAAUCGCUACCUCAAGUACAACCUCAAGUACAACUAUCACAACAAUUGCCAUAUCAAGUACAACAAUCGCCACAAGCACAACUUAUGCAACCACCAUCGCAAGUACAACUACUACAACAAUCACUAUCGCAAGUACAAAAAUCACCACAAGCACAACUUAUGCAACCACCGCAAAUACGACUACCACAACAAUCACUUCCACUAUCGCAAGUACAACAAUCACCACAAAUGCAACUAUUACAACAAUCGCCACCACUAUCACAAGUACAACUAUUACAACCAUUACCACAAGGACAUCCCCAACUAAUUUUAUCACCAUUUUCAUUACAACAAUCAUUUCUACCAUCACUAUCAGCGCCACAAUACAAUUGGGCUUUUGGAGCUCAACAAUUUCAAUCGCAUCAACCAACUUUAUAUAAUCCGUAUCAAACAUUGCCUCAUAUUUCGACACAGUCUCAUACUAUUCAAUCUAACCCAUAUGUCUCUUUUACUUUACCUACUAUGGCAGAAUUUCUAAAAGAAGUAGACGAAGGAGAAGAAACUGGCGAUCAUUAUCAAAGUUUUUUGGAAAAAUUUAAUGCACAACGAAUUUUAGUAAAACGAUUAAAAAGACUAACAGAUGAGGAAUUUGCACUAUGUGGAGUAGAGACUAUUGGCGAACGACAAACUCUUCGUGAAUAUGUUGAAAAGUAUCAAAAAUUAUAA